UUUAAAGAAAAAACAGUUUAAUUUUCUUUUUCUGUGUUCACAUUGAAAACCGAGACAUCGGAUGAGAGAAAAGAGCAAAAUCCAAAAAACAAAAGGGAAGAAGAUCCGAAAGAAAACUUCCUCUGAAAUAUCUCUCACACUCGGAGCAGAUGACAUAAGAGAGAAAAUAAGAAACUUUCAAAUUAUUUUUUAGCAUAGAUAUUUUUCAUUGGAUCUAACUGUUAGAUCUUUUGAUCUUUUUACCACUCUGUUCUUCAUCGAUAACACUAUUUAUCUGUGACUCUUCCCAUUUCUUUUGUUUGUUGUUGAUCAUCUUCCCUUCACUGUCUGUAACUGUCUUUUUUUUUCUUACAUGCCACAACACAUGUCAGACACUCAUCAUGUUCAGGUUCAGGGCUCUGCUGUGUCUAUUCAAUCUUCCGACAAGAUCGAAGAUGCCUUUAAGAAGAUGAAAGUGGAUGAAAAGAAAGUGUUGAGAUCUAAUGCGUAUCCGGUUCGUCCUGGUGAACGAGACUGCCAGUACUAUCUAAGAACUGGUCUAUGUGGCUAUGGAAGCAGUUGCCGUUACAAUCAUCCCACUCCUCUUCCACAGGGUAUUAUGUAUCACAACGAGGGGCUCCCUGAGAGGAUUGGUCAGCCGGAUUGUGAGUAUUUUCUGAAGACAGGAGCUUGUAAGUAUGGUUCAACUUGUAAAUACCAUCACCCAAAGGACAGGAAUGGAGCAGAACCUGUGUUGUUCAAUGUUCUCAGUUUACCUAUGCGUCAGGGUGAGAAGCCAUGUUCAUUUUACCUGCGAACGGGAACAUGCAGAUUCGGAGUUUCUUGCAGAUUCCACCAUCCUCAACCUGAUAAUGGAGGACAUUCUACUGCUGCAUAUGGGACGUCUAGCUUUCCUUCUGCAGGUGUACAUUACGCUGGUGGAUUAACGAUGAUGUCUGCAUAUGGAGCUUUGACUCGUCCGCAACUUCCUCAGUCCUAUGUUCCUCUCAUGGUGUCACCCUCUCAAGGCCUUUUGGCUCCUCAAAGCUGGGCCACUUACAUGGGACAACCAGCUUGUGGUAACGUCAAGUCUUAUGGAUUCUGCAAGUUUGGACCAAACUGCAACUUGGACCAUUCAAUGCUGCCAUACCCGGGCUUGACCAUUCCUUAUGUUUCACCUGUUUCAUCAAAUUAUCAGAGGAUCACACCAUCUCCAAGCCGCUCUGGUUCAAAGACCAACGACAAACCUGAUGUUAAGAAAGACAUGUUAGAGACUGAGAAACCAGACGAUGAUUUUUAACGUUAACUCCCAAAUGAAGAAAUGAUCGUCAUCACCAUGAUCACAGCCUCUAGAAUCAUCAGCAAUAUGGCUAAAUAUCCCCGCUCAGGCUUUCAAAGAUCUCUCUCUCUCUCUCUCUCUCUCUCUCUCUCUCUCUCUCUGCCCAUUUUUUGUUAGCUUUUGUGGGAAGACGAGUGGAGGUGGAAGUGUUUCUCUCUUUUGUAUGAAAACAAUAUAGAACUCUCCUGUUUUCGUUUUGUUUUGACUCUGUAAAUAAAAUUUACAUGAAUAAUUGCUACACAACUAUUACUAAUUAA